CUGCCGGAUAACAUAUCAAUUAAGAGAAUCCAGUGUACAAGAUGUCGAGUCCAGAAGAUGCGCAAAAGCAGCAAGCUCAAGAUCAAAAGGCCCAAUUGUUACAAGUGCAAUAUAACAAAUACCAAGAACAAGUCAGUGGUAUGCAAAGUCAAUUAGGAGAUUUGACAUCACAAUUGCAAGAACAUAUUAUUGUUGAAAAAUCAUUAACCAGUAUCCCUCCAAACAAGAGAGAAGGCCGUAAAUGUUUCAAGAUGAUCGGGGGAGUGCUUGUGAAUAAACUGGUUGAUGAAGUUAUAAAAAUAUUGAACGAUGAUAUGAAAGUAUUAGAAAAAACCAAAACUACAUUAGAACAAACUUUAGUUGAUACGAGAAAAGAAAUGGAAAAAUGGAUGAAGAAUAAUAACGUUAAAGUUAUCAAAGGACAGCAAUAGGUCAUGAGUUGUAUAUACCCUUACAUUGUAACAUAGAAA